AUGGCGCUCUUCGAGGGUGCGACCGGCGCCCCGCCUCCGACGCUCGGCGGGGGCGGGGGCGCGCUCAACCCCAUACCCAGCCUGGACAAUGUGGUCGUGGACCUGGGCGACGGCGGCGGCGCUGGGCAAGCGGCUGGCGUGGGUCUCGAUGCGGGGCAGGGGCACGACCGGCCGUACCGGUUCUCGUUCUAUUCGAACGCGCUGAGUGCGACGAUCCAUGCACGCAGCUUGUCGGAGCUGCCAGCCGAGGGACAGACAUUUGAGAAUUUGUUUGCGGGCGUGCAUGUGGAGGGAAAUACGUGGUGGCUGGAUGUACAGAAUCCGACAGACGAGGAGAUGAAGAUGCUGAGUAAGGUAUUUGGCAUCCAUCCACUCACGGCAGAAGACAUUCAGAUGGAAGAGACGCGGGAGAAGAUCGAGCUGUUUCGGAAUUAUUAUUUCGUGUGCUUUAGGAGUUUUGAACAGGACCCGUACAGUCCUACAUAUUUACAACCGCUCAAUAUGUAUGUCGUUGUGUUUAGAGAGGGUACACUAAGCUUUCACUUCCGACCAACACCCCAUCCGUCCAACGUCCGCCGACGAAUCAAGCAACUCAAGGACUAUAUCUCUGUCACAUCGGACUGGAUCUCCUAUGCCCUUAUUGACGAUAUCACCGAUGCAUUCGGACCGUUAAUCCAGAGCAUCGAGUACGAGGUAGAUAGUAUCGACGAGUUGGUAUUGAUCUUGAAGGAGGCUGAGCAGAGCGACAUGUUAAGGAGGAUUGGGACGUGCAGGAAGAAGGUGAUGGGUCUACUGCGGCUAAUGGGAAACAAAGCCGAUGUCGUCAAGGGUCUCGCGAAGAGGUGUAACGAGAACUGGAGGGUCGCACCUACGUCUGAUAUCGGCCUCUACUUAUCAGAUAUCCAGGACCAUUUGAUCACUAUGACCCAGAACUUGAACCACUACGAGAAAAUCCUCUCCCGGUCACACUCCAAUUAUCUCGCCCAGAUAUCCAUCGAGAUGACGGACGCCAAUAACCAAAUCAACGACGUUCUGAGCAAGCUGACGGCCCUGGGUACGGUGUUGAUUCCGAUGAAUCUCGUCACUGGUCUGUGGGGUAUGAACGUCCAUGUACCCGGUCAGGAUGUUCCUGGUUAUGCAUGGUUUUUGUCCAUCAUCGGUGCACUGGUUGCAUUCGCUGUCGUCGGCGGCUACUCCACAUACAAGCUUAUGGCGGGGCGAUAGCACUCGCAACUCCUGCAGUGUCACAAGUUACAACAGCGCCGGUCGAGGAAGAAUUGGAGAGACUUCCGGCGGCAUUGGUGCUACGAAACUGGAGGUGGGGAUGCUGCAUGAAUCGUCGGGACAUUUCCUGUCCGAUCCUUUGCAUAGGACCACGGCCAGGGGAGAUAUCUCGGGUUGCACGCUGCUGACGACUUUCACGUUACCGAUAGAAUGUCGUUUUGGUACGGCCUUUGCAUUUUCGCAUGAUAAUGAUACACCCUCACAUACCAUCCGC